UAAGAACGGUGGAAGUGAAAAAAUAAGCAUCUAUAUUUAUUUAAAUAUCAAUAUCGACGUCGAUCUCAACGGAAGAUACAUCAAAUUUCGAUUUUGAAUUAUACCUCUAAAUCGAACCAAAUAUACCGAUUGAUAUAUCGAUAAUUUUCAACAGGCCUAUCAAAAAAUUAAAAUAAGUUGAGUACAUUUGUCGACCAGUGAUCAUUGUAUUUUUAUUUUUGGCAAGUUUAUUGAAAAUCAAUCAAGGGGGCGGAUGGCUUUUUAUCCAUGAAGAUAGAAACAUAGUUUUUUUCCAUUAUGGCUAUGUCAAAAGGUUUUAAAGUGCUGGAGAAAUCGACACCACCGAAUCCUUACAGUAUUAUUUUACAACAUAGAAAUAAAGAUACAGCCUUAUUAUUUGAGUCUCAGGCUGUUGUUUCUUUAUCGUCACAAGAAACUGAUACUCUUCGUAAACAAUAUCAUAAAAUAGCUGAUGCAUAUGGAUGUCUAGGAGUGCUGCAAUUAAAUUCUGGAGAGACAUGUAUGCUCUACCUUGUUCUUGUGACAGGCUGUAGUUCUGUCGGAAAAGUGGGUGAUACAGAGGUUUUUAAGAUAACCCAAUCUCAAUUUUUGCCUUUAUUUCACCAAACACAAGGAGAUGAUAAAGUGGGAGAAGUUAGAAAACUCUUGAACUCUGGAACAUUUUAUUUCUCUUGGAAUUCAGAAAAAAAAAAUGAAAAUCUCUUUGACCUUACUUUGUGUGCUCAGAGAAAGGGUAAAGGAGCAAGUUCUGAUAACAGAUUCUUUUGGAAUAGAACCUUAUUCAUUCAUUUAAUUAGAUUUGGCAUAGAUUGUGAUGACUGGCUUACCCGUGCAAUGUGUGGUUCAGUGGAAAUACGUACUAUUUACGUUGGUCACCGCUUAGCCAGGGCUGUGCUGAUAUCUCGACUAAGCUGUGAAAGAGCAGGUACAAGGUUUAACGUAAGAGGUUGCAAUGAUGAUGGUAAUGUUGCUAAUUUUGUAGAAACAGAACAGGCUAUUUAUGUAGAUGACUCGGUUUCAUCUUACAUUCAAACAAGAGGAUCUGUUCCUUUAUUCUGGGAACAACCAGGUAUUCAAGUUGGAUCACAUAAAGUUAAAAUGUCUCGUGGAUAUGAUGCUUCUACAAGUGCUUGUGAAAGGCAUUUUUCUCAACUUAAACGAAAUUAUGGAUCUAUUUAUGUUGUCAACUUACUAGGUUCUAGUAUGAUAGGUGGAACAGAAGGUGAAGCAACCCUUAGUAAUGCUUUUCAACGUCACCUUAAUGAAUCUGCGCAUUGUGAUAUUGUACAGAUAAUAUUUGACUACCAUCAAGAGGUAAGAGCAUCAUCAAUAGAUUCAGCUUUAACUAAAUUUAAAAAAAUUGUGGAAACACACUAUGAUAACAUCAGCAUAUUUAGUGCCAAAAAUGUUGAUAUUUACAAUGUUCAAAAAGGUGUAAUAAGAACUAAUUGUCUAGAUUGUUUGGACAGAACAAAUUCCAUACAGACCUUCAUUGGUCUAGAAAUGCUUGCAAUACAACUGAUGUUGUUACAAUGUAUUGAUAAAAAGCAAAAUGUUAACAGAUUUGAAGAAGUGUUUAAACAAAUGUGGAUUAUUAAUGGAAAUGAAAUAUCAAAAAUCUAUGCGGGAACGGGAGCUAUUCAAGGUGGGUCAAAGUUGAUUGAUGGGGCAAGGUCAGCUGCUCGAACUAUUCAAAACAAUUUGCUUGAUAAUUCAAAACAAGAAGCAAUUGAUAUUUUAUUGCUAGGUUCUACAUUAAAUUCAGAACUAUCUGAUCGUACCCGAAUUUUAUUACCAUCUAAUAUUUUGCAUACAUCUACUCCAGUACUACGUGAAAUGUGUCGUAGAGCAAAUGAGUUUACCCAGCCCACAAAUAUCCGUAUCACUAUUGGUACAUAUAAUGUCAAUGGUGGCAAACAUUUUAGAAGCCUAGCUUACAAAGAUGUCUCCCUGGCUGAUUGGUUGUUAGACAGCCCAAAUUCAUCUUUGGUAAAUACAGUUAAUUUGAAAGAUCAUCCUUCUGAUAUUUUUGCAAUAGGAUUUGAAGAAAUAGUUGACUUAAAUGCUAGCAAUAUAAUGGCUGCUAGUUCAGAUAAUGCUAAAGCAUGGAGUGAAGAAUUAGAAAAAGUAUUGUGUAGAGAUGCAUCAUACACCUUGCUUUCUAGCCAUCAGUUGGUUGGCGUAUGCUUGUUUGUUUUUGUCAGGAAAGAUUUAGUUCCUCAUAUCAGAGAUGUAGCAUUAGAUUCAGUGAAAACUGGAUUAGGUGGAGCUACUGGGAAUAAAGGUGCAGUAGCUAUCCGUUUAGUUAUAUAUGGGACAUCAAUUUGCUUUGUUUGUGCUCAUUUUGCAGCUGGUCAAUCCCAAGUGAGUGAACGAAAUGCAGAUUACACAGAAAUUACAAGAAAGGUAGCAUUCCCAAUGGGACGCUCAUUGUAUUCCCAUGACUUUGUUUUUUGGUGUGGUGAUUUUAAUUACCGAAUUGACCUAGAUAAAGAAGAAACACGUUUAUUAGCCUCUCAAAAUAAUAUCCAAAGGUUAUUAGAACAAGAUCAACUUUUACGCCAGAAAUCACAAGGAUUAGUUUUUAAAAAUUGUUUUGAAGGUGACAUCACAUUCCUUCCGACUUAUAAAUAUGAUUUGUUUAGUGAUGACUUUGACACCAGUGAAAAAUGUCGAGCACCUGCUUGGACUGAUCGAGUUUUGUGGAGGAGUAAAAAAUACACUGUUGAUCCAGAAACAACAUCUGAAGCAGCUGCAGGAAAAUUACUCCAUUAUGGCAGAGCUGAACUUAAACAAAGUGACCAUAGACCUGUCAUUGCUAUUUUAGAAAUAGAAGUUUUACAGGUUAGUUACACUAAGUGUAUGGAAGUUUUUUAUGAGGUUGUCAAAGACCUGGGUCCUCCUGAUGCUAGUAUCAUUGUUCAACCAGUUGAUGAAAUUGAAGAUUCUGAAGAUUCCGUUUUUGAUGAUAAUUUAAUGUCAAUAAUAUUGCAAGAAUUAGCAACUUAUGGUGAAGUGACAUUAGUUCGUUUUGUAGAUGAGCACACUUUGAGCAUUACAUUUAGAGAUGGCCAGAAUGCUCUAGCGGCUGCUCAGAAAGGAACCAUAUCCUCUUCGACAAUACCUUUACAUGUAUCACUUAAAUCUCCAAAUUGGGUAGAUAUAGUAAAGUCUGAAGUGAGUCUCUGUACUAAUAACACAAUACCGUUAUUUGGUGAGAUACCAGCUGAACGACCACUUAGAUCUGCGCCUCCGACACCUCGACGUCAACAGCCAAGCCGGCCUCCUGCUCCAUCGCCUACUCCGUUGGUACCCUCUCGAGCGCCAGCACCGAGUCCUGCAAGACCACCCCGCCCAGCCCCUAUUACGCCUGAAUCAGUAGUGUCUCAGGCGUCUUUAAGCUCGCCACCGUCAGAAAUGAUGCCGCCUCCAUCAUGUGCGCCGCCACCUCCACCAAGCAACACCCCUCCGCUUCCAGGGCCCCCACCCCCUGUUCCCGCGAGACAAGGGGCUCCUCCCCCUCUCCCGGCUCGUCCAAGACCGGUUACAUAGAAAUCAUUAUGGUAAGGAGUUUCACCCUCAUCAAAUUUGCUUGUGUUUACAUUAUGUUGCCGUCAGAGAAAAUUGGCUGUGAUUAUUUCAAUGCAUUUAAUUAUUACUAAACAACAUCGAAAACAUUUUAGUGUUGCUUUUUUAUUUCUUAGUAAAUUUAGGAUGCUAUAUCUAAUUACUGUUAAUAGCUAUAUUUACUCACAGCUACUAAGUUGUUUAAAAAUGAACCAAAUAGCAGUAUUGAUGUUAAAAACAAUCAUUAAUGAUACAUUGCUUAAAGGCUAUAAUUAUUUGGUCUUAAUAAUAUUUAUUAGUAGGUCAAUGCCUAUAGUUGGGUGUGUGUAAUGAUAAAUUGUUAGUAUUUAUUAAUAGGUAUUUAGUAUAGAUGAUUUUAUUUGUGUUAUCUAGAUGCCUCUACACCAUUGUUCUGUAAUAAAUUAAUUUAUGUUGAUAAAGCUAUUGGCUUUAGUUUACAAAAUUUAACAGUAUGGUACCUAUAGUUUACAAAUUUUCCUGAUUACUUUGGGUAUUGCAGAUGUGCUGUUGAAUCUAUUAUAUGAUCUCUAUUUUAUACUUGUUUUAUACCUAUAUAAUUUUUAUUGAAUAUCUAUGGCUCUCCAAUUUAUAAAAUUGUACUUAACUAUUACAGUAUAGGUACUAUUUUCAACAUAUUAAAAUAU